AUGUUGCGCAACACAGCGUUAUUAUGUUUAUUAUUAGUCAUAUCAUUAUCAACAUCAUCAUCAACAUUAACUAAGCGAAAAAAUCUCGUACGUCGACAACUUAAUCCUCAACAUUGUGAAGCUAUAACUGGUUUCGAUUGUAAAUGUUCAUAUUAUCGUGUCACAUGUACAAUUGAUCAUGAAUUACCAUCACCCAUAAAUAUUAUAGAAAAUGAAAAACAAAAAUAUCAAUCUGUUGAAUUAGUUAUCGCAGCUCCGCGUGAUAUCAAUGUUAAUGACCGUACAUUUGAACCGAUUAAAGAUUUAUAUAAAUCUGAUGGAAAUAAUUUUGAAUUUCGUAUUAAAUUUGAAAAAUUUACUUCACUUCGUUUAACAUCACCUUCAAUAUUUAAUCGAGUAUUUCCAGAUGAUUUACCAUCGGAUGCACAAAAACAUUUCGCAUUAGAAAUCUAUAAUCCUGAUGUACCAUCAAAUAAUAAUCCAAAUUUAUUUCAAAAUUUAAAUGCUAAUUCAUUAGAAAUUUAUGCAUUAUAUCCAUUUUUUGGUACAUUUCAAGAAUUAUUUAAGGAUGCUAAUAUCAAAUUUCUACAUUUAAGUGGUUUUGAUGUACAUUCAGAUGUUUCACAACCAUUUACAGGAACUAUUGCUCAUUUAGAAUUAGCUAAACAAGCUGAUUCAUUAUCAGUACAAAAUUUUCCUGUUUAUCCAGUACAUGAAUUAACUAUUAAUGCUCUUUCUUUAACUAAUUUUAAUAGUGAACAUCCAUCAAAUUAUGCUAAUUUAGGUGAAUUACGUGUUCAUAGUCCAGAUCGUAUACCAGCAAAUGCUUUUCGUCAAUUUCCUAAUAUACAUACUUUAUCAGUUCAAAGUGAUAAAGGCAUUGAUUUACAAGCAUUUGAUGGUUUAACCCACUUAGAAAAAUUAACAAUCAAAGAUUCACAACCAAAUUUAGAUCUUUUCAAUAAAUUACCAAAUCUUAAAGAAUUUGAAACAAAUAUUGAAAAAUUAGAUGAAAAGACACAAUGUAAAUUAAUUGAAAAAUUAGCUAAUGGACAAGUUGCUAUUCAAGCCAUACAAGAUGAUCGAGAAUGUACAUGUGUACAGGCUUAUUUGGAUACAGCUGCUGGACGAGUGCCAUGUAAUGCCCAGGAUUGUGCACAUUCAUCAUGUGCUGUAAUUAAAAAUAAUUAUAACGCAGAUACAAAUACAUUUAAUCCACCACCACCUAUCCGACGUUCUGAUGGUACAAAUGCUUUGCUUGAACGUGAUCCACGAGUGUACACUGCACCAUUUCAAGUAGCACAUCAAGAUCAACAGAAACUACAAAACGCUGCUCCACAACAACAACAUCAGCAACAAUCAGAAGAAGAUAAUCGACGACCUGGUGGUGAACAUGAACGUCCACAUUCACCAAAUGAACCUUAUAAACCACAAGAUACAUAUGAUCACUCAUCAAAUGUCGACAACAGUCAAACUGAGAAACCUUAUCCUGAUCCUUCACCUAAAUAUGAAAAUCCAUGGGAGGAUCCAAAUUAUUAUCAAUCAAACGUUGGCAACAGUCAAACUGAAAAACCUUACUCUGAUCCUUCAACUACAGAUGAAAAUUUAUUGGAUGAUGAAGAUUAUGAUGUACCAGAUAAUGAAGCAGAAGCAACAACGCAAAGAGUCACACAAGAUAUCUGGGAUCAGAAUCCAAUUGAUAUUACUACUACUGUUCCUUCUCCUUAUUCGAUCGAUGAUGGUUACCAAGGAGGACAAGAUAGCGAAGAAUUACAACCUGAUUCAGCAACUGCUCGACCAGAUGGACGUGAUGCAGAAGAAGAUGCAACAGAUUCAUCUAAUGCAGAUAUUACACCAGUACCACCAAAGAAAAAAAUGAGUUGGAUACCAAUUAUAAUUAUAGGUGCAGCAAUUAUUGGUGCUCUCCUUAUUGGUUUAAUCAUUAUGCUUUUACGUAAACGACGUGCUGCAGGUGGUAACAAAAAAGGAUAUACUCCAGCAGCAACCACCGAACAAAAAGUAUAA